CGUGUAGACUUGACGCUGGUCACUUUUCGAGCAGCGCAGACACACUGGACACCACGCAGAUACAGCCAGAUUUUUUAAAUAGGAUAAACGAGUACAGUUUGCUGAUAAAGUGCUUUUGUGCAAGCAACGCCCAAACAGGCACAACUAGUGAAUUUUAAACCCCGGGGAAGCGCACGUACGUCGGAAGUGGGUCUAGUCAUGUCGGGCGAAGAGGCACCAGAGGCUCCGGCUCAGCAGCAGCAAACCGAGCAGGAGAAGCAACCUGAUGAACCUCCGGCCGCCGCCUCGGAUGCGCCGCAGGAGCCGGCGAGCAGCCCCGCGGAGGAGGAGGUUUUCUCCUGCCGAGCCCUGGUGCUGACGGGCUACGGCGGCUACGACAAAGUCAAGCUCCAGGUGAAGACGCGCAGCAAGCCGCAGCUGCAGGCGGGAGAGGUGCUGGUGCGGGUUAAGGCGUGCGGGCUCAACUUCGCCGAGCUGCUGGCGAGGCAGGGGCUGUACGAGCUGCUGCCCUCCCCGCCUGUCACCAUGGGCAUGGAGGGCUCCGGGGUCAUUGAAGCCGUCGGAGAGGAUGUGAAGAACAGAAAGGUGGGUGACCGUGUCAUCGUGUUGAGCCGCAGCGGCCUGUGGCAGGACGUGGUGCUCGUGCCCGCUGACCAAACCUUCGUCAUGCCCGAGUCAAUGAGCUUCGAGGAGGGCGCCGCUCUCCCCGUUAAUUACUUGACCGCCUACAUGAUGCUGUUUGAGAUGGCCAAUAUUAGACCAGGCAAGAGCGUGCUCAUCCACAUGGCAGCAGGUGGUGUGGGUGUUGCUGCCACCCAGCUGUGUCAGACGGUGCCAGAUGUGACUGUGUUUGGCACGGCAUCAGCUGCCAAACAUGAAACCAUCGUGCAAGGCGGGGUAACUCACCCCAUUGACUACCGCACAAAAGACUAUGUAGAGGAAGUACGCAAAAUCAGCCCUAUGGGUGUGGAUGUGGUCCUGGAUCCACUGGGAGGCUCCGACACCCAAAAAGGCUACGGUUUGUUAAAACCAAUGGGCACACUCAUAGUGUUCGGUGCGGCCAACUGUGUGACCGGCCAGAAGAAGAACCUGCUGGCCAUGGCUAAGACCUGGUACAACCAGCUCUCCAUCUCCACGCAGAAGCUCAUGCAGGCCAACAAGGCCAUCUGCGGCUUCCACCUGGGCUACAUCAGCGAUGACCAGCUGAUCGUCCGGACCAUGGCCACGCUGCUGGAGCUCUACAACCAGGGAAAGAUCAAGCCCCGAAUCGACUCAUCCUACCAUUUUGAGGAGGUGGGUGACGCCAUGAAGCGCAUGCACGAACGCCUCAACAUCGGGAAAGUCAUCCUUCUCCCUGAGCCCAAGAAGGAGGAAGAGAAGCCGAAAUCCAGCCCCGAGGCAGAAGACAAAGCGGACAAAACAGAGGCGAGGGUCAGCGAAGAGAAGAAAGAAGAGGGCAACACACAGGAAGUCAAGGCGGAGGGAGAUUGAGUAAGAGUGUCCGUUUGAAUAGGAGAUUCAAGCACUUCCACAUCGAUUCGCUCUGUUCAGCUGUCCAAAAAAAAGAAAACCAACAUGCCGUUAAUUCUUUGACUUUGUCAGUAUUUUCCACAGUGUUUAUGAAGAGUUAUUGUGCAAUAUGUCUUUAGUGUAUUCCAGGGCUGGGCAGUAUUCUAAUUUAAAGAAAAAAAAAAAGAAAGAAAAGCAACUGUAUUCCAUUACUUUACCAAGAAACAAUGUAUUAUGAUUAUUUAGACUUAUGAAAAACAGUUGAGAUUAAUUCUGGGGCUACUUUUAAAAUGAAAAUGAGUCAAUUUAGCUCUAAUUCAGCUCUGGUAGCAGGUGAUUUACAUCUUCAUAAAACAAGGUACAGCACAAAAACUAUGGUUAGUUGUAUGCAAACCUGAAACAUACUUCCAGAACGUAUAAUUUUUCAGUUCCUCAUAUCUGUACCUUUGUACCUCAAAUAUGGCCAAGUGAUCUGAAAGUAACAGAGUAAUCAGAGUAAUGCCCGGGAUUACGCUGCUGAUUACAGCUUUGAUUGAUAAAGGAACUGUACUGGAAUACAGUUUGAAAGAAACCGAGCCACCCGUGUGUGUGUGUGUGUGUGUGUGUGUGUGUUCUCAGAUGUCGAUGUGAAACCUGUUAGGAAGAGCAGUGGAGCUUUUUGCUUGUCAAGUUUCAUCGAUUAUGAUCUACUUCUCAAAACUUUGUGUGAGGAUGAGACAACACUACCAUGUCUUGUCCUGUACUUCCUGCUUCGAUGAAUUAUCUAAGUGUACUGGACCGCUUUUUUCAGUCUGACAGGAAUUGGUCACUAAAACCAAAUGUCACACUCCUGAGAUCGCUUUGGUGUUUGAUAAAAGCAGGAGAGCACUAUCUUGAUUGCUUGUCGCUCACGUGUGCCAAAUCAAAAAAAAAAAAAAAAAACAUUCACCACUGCCAUCAGGCCAACUGUGAAUCAUAAUAAGAGCAGCACGUCACACCUCGGCUUACACGCAGGGCUACUCUCUUCCAAUUAAUGCCUCGCUGACCUUGUGCUAAACUUUUGUAACACAUGUGAAGGCCAGUGGUUUACACCCUCCUCCAGGCUCUUCUCACGUCAUCGAUCUGCUUCUUAACCCUUACAGUGCCUCUUCAAAACCAAGAUACUUACUGCCAGGUUUACAGAACGGGUGUGAGAACUCAAGGAUUCCUCUUCCAGACAGGAGGAGGAAACUUGGGGUGAUGCUUUCGCUUUUCCUGCAGCUGUAGUUUUUGCCUUCUCGUAUUGUAAGGUGCUCAGUCGCUUUGUAUGCUCAGUGACUCUACGCAUAAUAUCGUUCAAUUUCACUGCAUAUUUAGAUUUCACACUGUUAACCAUGUUCUUUUUCAUUGACUUGCAUAUCUGCUACCUUCGAUGAAUGACCCCAAAUAGUAGAAGUUGGCAGAGAGUGCAGGGGAUACAGAUGUUUUCCCCAGAUGUGGAGGUAAUUUAAUGAUAUGACGCAGAACACAGGACAGAGACCAAAAAAAAAAAAAAACCCACACACACACAUUCCCCUCUCCUUGCUCUUUGGUCCUGCUUUCUAUCUCUUAAAUUUUCUCUUAACUCUCUCCUCCUCCAGCUCACUUUGCUUUCAUGUCUUAAAAUUUAUGAUAACAUUUCAUAAGAUGAUUUUAGUUAUUUUUGUGGCAUUUUCUCACUGGCCUGAAAAAAAAAGUAUUGUUAACUUUGAGUAGUUUUCCUUCUCUUAGCAUGAAGUAAGACCUGAUGUGGAUUUCAUGUGGGAUUUGGAGUCUUUUUCUGUUAGUGGUUCAAAGAAGUUUAAUUUGCCAUUCGUUAUUAGCACCUUACAGCAAAUGUGAGCAGUCAAAGUCUUGCACAGGUAAUUAAUGCUCCCAGGGGUAACUGCAAAAAUCUCCAUCUUAAGAGAUAACUUCAAAUCUUAUUUUUCUUCAACCAAGUGAAAAAUAUCGGCCAGUAGGAUGAGAUAAUCCCACUUGUUUCCAAAGCUAAUCAACUUGUAUCCAGAUUUUUAUUGAAUCAAGCGGCAUUUUCUUGUUACUAGCAGGCUGAUCUAAUUUAUUCUGCCUUGUCUCAACACAUUUAUUCUUGCUGCCAGAUUUAAAAAAAAAAAAAAAAAAAAAAAUUAAAACAACAUUGUAAGACUGAAUAUGAGUUGGUGACGUGGACAUUUUUUGCAGCAUAAGAAAGUCAGUGAGAAUACAGCAUCAACACUGCAUUGUGGGUCUGCGCCAAGAUAUUGCACCCAUAAUAAUCAAUAUCAACUGUCUACAUUUAGAUAUUUCAGAACAAUGCCAUGCUUGCAUUUUUAUUACGAUUGCCAGCUGGGGCACAAUGUUCAUCUAGAUCCAUCUGGACUGACUGAAGAUGUUUCGCAUCUGUAAAACUUUUAUUUAGGUCCUUAAACUGCACAUGGCAUGUAUCACUACUCUUGACACAACAUUAUUCAACAUAUCAGUAAACAUAAGCCUUAAUAAUAUUUUUAAAAAAUAGCACUAAGAACAAAAACAAACUCUCUUAAAUUCAAAUUAUCUAAACAUAAUAAUAAUAAGUAAUAAUAAUAAAGCCACAUUAUAACCUGCUACUUAAUACAAAGGUAUACUGGCUACUUUGAUUAGAUUCAAAUCACAACCAGUAAUUAUUACACUCGCUGACUCCUAUCAUGUCUAACCGCAUGGAGUGGGGGCCAUCUAGUGGUCAGCCAAAUAACUACAAAAUUAAAUUAACUGCUUCCCUGUCUUUUCUUAAAUAAAUAAACAAACAAACAAACAAACAAACAAAUAAAUAAAUGUCUAUGUAAUGCUAUGCCCUUUGAAACAAUCACAAACUCCUGGAAAUUGUUACACCCCCAUCAAUCCCACUUAAUGUGCACAAUCAGUUAAAAUAAUCUAUAAUGAAAACAGACCCAGGCAGCAACACUCUCACACACAUCCUUUCUUAAAAUUAAAACAUAUUUGCAAUAAUCAUGUUAGUUUUAGUAUAAUUAGAGAUCAUUAAUUCAUUUUGUCAUUCUUUUGUCACUCAGUAGUCAUGAUGUUUUCGACGACUGUGAACAAAUGACGUGUACAUUUUGACUCCAAACUCUGUGUCGUCUUGGUAGUUGGUGUUGAUAAAAGAUUGAAGUUGACUGUAUCUGUGAUUGUCCAAAAAAAAAAAAAAAAAAAAAAAAAGCUUU